AUGGCAACAACACAGCAGAAGAAAAUAUUAGCUAGCAAAGGCUAUGCUUUAAAACCUGAGAUCAGAGUAGGGGAUUGGUCGCCACAGAGUUUAGCUUGUGGUCAAGCGGCUGGUAUUGAGGGGCAUUUUGUGGUGGUCAAUCAGGCAACCACCAACGAUAUUAAUCAAGAGUAUCACGGCAAAGGUUCAUUGAGUGAUGAACCCAUUUUGCUGAAUUUAAACGGGACUUUUACCAGUGAAACACUUAAAGCGAAAAUCUAUGCUUUAUUAAAGCAAGACCAAGUGAAGAUUUCUAAAGAAAACAUAUUACUUAAGCAAAAGGGCAGCUCCAGUAUCAAGGUGAUCGACUUCGGGAGCUCAUGCUUCGCACACCAACGGGUCUACACAUACAUCCAGUCCCGCUUCUAUAGGUCGCCCGAGGUCAUUCUGGGUCUACCGUAUGGCACAUCGAUAGACGUAUGGAGUUUGGGAUGUAUAUUAGCCGAGCUAUACACCGGUUAUCCCAUAUUCCCGGGUGAAAAUGAGGGUGACCAGCUGCUGUGCAUUAUGGAGAUUAUCGGUACGCCCCCUCUGUCAGUGCUGGAGGCGUCGACCAGACGGCGAUUGUUUUUCGGUACGCCCCCUCUGUCAGUGCUGGAGGCGUCGACCAGACGGCGAUUGUUUUUCGAUUCAAAAGGAAACCCUCGAAACACGACUAACAGUAAGGGAAAGAAACGCAAACCCGGGUCCAAACCGUUAGGUCAGGCCCUCAACUGCAAUGACAACGAUUUCGUCGACUUUCUCAGCCGUUGCUUAGAGUGGAAUCCCAUGCAUCGGAUGACCCCCGACGAGGCCUGUAAGCACGUAUGGCUGGCCGGACACUACAACCAUAUCACUGCGAUUAACAACAAUCACAACAAUAUUAUGAAUAAUAAGUUGGAGUCCAAUAACCGUAGGACCAGUAGUACUGCCAAAUCGAUUCAGUCGUUAACGGUUAGGGAAAUCGAAACAGUCUAUUAUGCAGUGGACAAUAAAAAAAAGCUCGUCCAGUCGGCUAUGGGGGUCAGCCCUACCAGAAUCAUAAGGGCCUCGUCCGACGACUCGCUGAACCUGAAGCUCACGAACGGGAAGUACAGCCAAAACGGGUCGACACAACACAACCACUCGAUCGACGACCCGCUGAUGGACCCGAACUCAGCGUUUUUGCCGCCGAUUCUGUAGACAAUAGACACAAAUUCUGUCGACAAUUCUGUGUAAAAAAACAAAUUCUGUGACAAAAACUACCAAAAAAAAUACUGAUACACAAGUGACAAUUUUUUUUGGACACAAUUUUGCGGACAUAUUUCGUGUAAUUUAUAUAUAAUUUUUAGUGAAAAAGUGAGAUCACAUACGGAAACAAUAUAAAAACGAUUGACAC